AUGAACAUCGCAAGAUUCAACCUGCAAUUGUUGAAACACCUUAGCUGUAGGCCAAUCUCUACUUCAUCACCGUCUUCGAUUCUCAAUCGGUCCUCACUCCUCUCCAAUCACAACCUGCAAUUGUUGAAACACCUUAGCUGUAGGCCAAUCUCUACUUCAUCACCGUCUUCGAUUCUCAAUCGGUCCUCACUCCUCUCCAAUCACCUCUUGCCACGUAACCUCUCUCCUCUUCCCUCACUGUUCUCCACCCCCGUCCGUCAUAUCCAUACCACCCUCUGGUAUAUAGUUCUUGUUCCGGAGAAGAAGGCAUGCGUCAUCGAGCGGUUCGGAAAAUAUGUGAAGACGUUGUCUCCCGGAGUCCACAUCUUGAUUCCAUUCGUUGACAGUAUAGCCUACGAGCAUUCCCUGAAGGAAAAGCUCAUUCCGAUUCCAGACCAGUCUGCUAUCACAAAGGACGAUGUCAAGAUUUUGAUUGAUGGAGUUCUGUAUGUGAAGAUUGUAGAUCCGCGGUUAGCGUCUUACGGAGUUAAGAAUCCGUUGUAUGCAGUUACGCUACUUGCACAGACAACUAUGCGCAGUGAGCUUGGGAAGAUCACUCUGGAUGAGACUUUCAAGGCAAGAGAUACUUUAAACGACAAGAUAGUGAUGGCCGUCAAUGUUGCGGCAACAGAUUGGGGGGAUAUAUCUCCUCCCCGGGAAGUGAUGGCAGCUAUGGAGAUGCAGGCGAAAGCAGAGCGCAAAAAGAGAGCUCAGGUUCUUAUAUCAGAAGGAGAAAGGCAGACAAACAUUAAUAUUGCACAUGGGAGAAAGAUCUCAGUCAUCCUUGCAUCAGAAGCUGCGAAGAUGGACCAGAUUAACAGAGCUCAAGGAGAAGCAGAAGCCAUCCUUGCAAUAGCGCAAGCAACUUCCAAAGGAAUUGCUAUGGUAUCACAGACACUUAAGGAACAUGGGAGCAUGGAGGCUGCAUGUUUGAGAAUUGCUGAGCAGUAUAUUCAAGCCUUCAGCAAGAUUGCAGGGAAGGGCACAACAUUAUUGCUUCCUACUAGUGCUUCCAAUCCUGCCAGCAUGAUGGCUCAAGCGCUUAGUUUAUACAAAAGCUUAAUUGGCAACAAUUCUGGUCAUAAGCUUCCAGAAAUAAGAAACAUCAAGUUUGACUCACAGCCAGAGGUUAAGUCCAAGGUUGAUUCUCCAUCAUAUGAUAAGACCCGACAGUUAGUAAAGGAGCUUACCCAGAUCUUGGUGAACCUUCUCUUUCCCGAAAUGGAGAGCAACGAAGUGACGAACGAAGAGCCUUUAGAUGCAUCUCAUGAACUGAAUGGAGAGAAGCCCGAAAGAGGAGAAUAA